AUGUCUGCACCAACAACUCCCACUCUCCCCGACUUCCUGUCCUCGAUGGAGUUGCAGCCGGGGUGGGAGCACGACACAAACAUCCUGUGCCUUGUAUUGCUCAUUUUUGAAGGCCGCAUCCGUGCCGGCCUCGCUGUUAGGGAUGAGGUCGACCUCGCUGACUGGGUGGGUGACUGGGUGCCAAUGAUCUCGAGCAUGUACUCGGUUGUCGACUACGCAAGGCACCACCCGGACAUCAGUAUCUCCGAGGUUGUCAACGUUGCUCUUGCUGCGAACCCCUUGGACGAGACCUUCCCCCUGUCGAAAGCCGAUCUGGUCCGAACAGCUCCGAACUUCGACCCACCCGCGUACAUUGGCGAGAAUUGCUGGUGGGAAGACUUCUCAUCCGACAGUUCCUCAUCCGAUGACUCGCCCUCGGAAGGGGCAAUCCCAACGGCACCCGCGCCGGAGCGUGGGCCGCGCCUUGGGCCUGCCCCUGUCACACCUCCGGCCCCCUCCCCAUCCGGUCAUGUCGGCGGCAACACAAAGCGCCCUCGGAGCCAAGAGGCGGAAAGCGAUUCGAGUGCACCAUCGGAGCCUCCACGCCGUCCGACGGGAAAAAAGCCAGCAACUCACCAAGACAAGGGUAAGCAAAAGGCAGUUCUGACACAGCCAUCUAGUGGAGGUCGAGGCACGCGCCGCAGUACAAGGAAGCGGAUCACACACACGCCUGCCGCACCCUCGAAUCUAUCCGGACCCGGUGAUGUCAGCACGACACCCGAUCAGGGUCACCGUCUUGACGGAGCAAUCCUCCAGGACUUGCAAAGGGACAUGGACCUCAUCCGGGUUCGUAUUGCAGGGAUCACAGAGCGGGUAGCAAAGCUGGCCUCAAAGGAGCAGGUGCAAGACAUCAACACUCAAGUUGCGGCACUCGCUGCUAAGCAGGGGGAGAUCUGGAAGCUGCUCCAUCCGGAGAGCCAGCAAUCCGACGGCGAUGGCGAUGACGAGGACAUGGACGCCAAUGCCGGACGGCAGUGA